CAGGAACAGCUGCUGCUCACCCAAACUGCGAUGGCCACCUCAACAUCGACCGAAUAUGUGCUCUACUCCUACACUCCUUCGCUUCCUCUGGCGAUUCUAGCGAUAAUAGCCUUUGCAAUACUCACCUUCGCCCAUCUUAUACGGCUGGUCCGAACUCGAGCAAAAUUCUGCAUUCCUCUUUUUGCAGGAGGGCUUUUCGAAGCAGUGGGCUAUGUCGGUCGUGCCCUGGGCCAUUACCACAAGGAUCAGAUAGGCCCAUACAUCAUCCAAAGCAUCCUCAUUCUCGUUUCGCCAGCUCUCUUUGCCGCCACAAUCUACAUGACUUUGUCCCGAGCCAUGCGCUCCACGGCCGCCACACACCACUCGAUCAUCAAAGCGAAAUGGCUCACGACCUUCUUCGUGACUGGCGAUGUCGUAUCCUUCUUCGUGCAGGGAGGCGGCGGUGGAAUUAUUGCACAAGGAGGGCAAGAUAGCGCAAACAUGGGGAAAGACAUCAUUCUGGCGGGGUUGUUCAUUCAGAUCAUACUCUUCUGCCUGUUUUUCGUGUCCGCCAUCACCUUUCACUCACGCCUGCGAAAGAUGCCCACUUCGGAAUCCCUCGAUCGAAACCUGCACUGGGAAAGAAUGCUCCAGGUUCUUUACGUGGUCAGCGCAUUGGUCCUGGUGAGAAACACCGUCCGUGUCGUCGAAUUCGUGGGGGACUCCAGUUCAUACAUGCGCCGAGAGGAAUGGCCCAUUUACGCAUUCGAUGCGUUGCCCAUGGCAGCCGUCAUGGCAGUCCUCUUUUGGUGGUUUCCUUCAAUGAUCUGUCCACAACCAGGAGCUCGAAGUCUGGGCCUUGUGUCCCAAGCUGAGGAUGGCUAUGGCCGCGUCGGCUACGAGAUGAAAUGAAUGUAUCCUAAGUUGCGUGGGAUGGC